GUUGCGCACAAGACAAAGUUAACAUGUGUUGAUGGCACAACACAUUGCAAUAUUUUGACAUAGAUUAGGUUCUCAGUCUUUUUUUGCCGGUAGUCCUAAAUUUGACGUUGGCGAGUGCGGAUUAAAAUAUGGAAGAGGGACAAUUUGAUGACGCUGAAGAAGACAUCGGGUAUGAGAAUCAAGAUCAGCAUUUGAGCAAACAAGUUGAGGACUUAAAUGUGGAAGGUGGAUUUGAGGAAGAUAGUGAUGGUUAUGACAGUGAUGAUAAUGAUCUGGAUGCAUAUGAUUGGGCAACAGAAACAAGAGACUUUACCAAAAGAUUGAAUGCAGUUGUCAGCAGUGCCCAACAGUACAAUGCCAAUCCACAGAAAAAGAACACAAAGGGAACAAGUUCCUUUCAACCACAAGAGAAAGCCCUGAAGAGAUUUGAGGAUAAAAUCAAUGUUGAUAAAUAUGAUGGACCCAGGAUUUCAACAAUGGCAUCAAAUGUUUUAAAGAAGACCUCCAAGAAAAUGGAGGCGGACAGACAUCAAAGUGAUAAAGACAAGUCAGAUCGUGCCACCGUGGAACAGGUGAUGGACCCCAGGACCAGGAUGAUACUAUUUAAGAUGCUGAGUAAAGGAGUGAUUUCAGAGGUCAAUGGCUGUAUCAGCACAGGGAAAGAGGCCAAUGUCUACCAUGCUUCUACCAGUCAAGGACAGCAGAGAGCUGUCAAGAUAUACAAGACAUCCAUAUUGGUUUUCAAAGAUAGAGAUAAAUAUGUCACUGGAGAGUUCAGGUUUAGACAUGGCUACUGCAAACACAACCCAAGAAAAAUGGUAAAAACAUGGGCAGAAAAAGAGAUGAGAAAUUUGACAAGAAUCCACCAGUCAGGUUUGCCGUGUCCUGAGCCUUUCUUACUGAGAAGUCAUGUUCUGGUCAUGAGUUUUAUUGGUGAUAAUGGAUGGCCUGCUCCCAGGUUAAAAGAUGCAGACAUCUCUGAAAGCAAGGCUCGUGAGUUGUAUCUACAGAGUAUACAACUGAUCAGAACACUGUACCAGGAGUGCAGGCUGGUCCAUGCUGACCUCAGUGAAUUUAAUAUGUUGUAUCAUAAAGGUCAAGUGUAUGUGAUAGAUGUGUCUCAGUCUGUGGAACAUGAUCACCCUCAUGCCUUGGAGUUCCUCAGGAAAGAUUGCAACAAUGUUACAGAAUUCUUCAGGAGGAAAGGAGUCUGCACCAUGACAUUAAAAGAAUUGUUUGACUUUGUCACCGACAUUACAAUAUGCAAAGAAAAUAUUGACCAGUACCUGGAACGUGCAAUGGAGGUAUCUGCUAACAGAACAGUAGAGGAUGUGACAGAACAGGAGAAAGUUGAAGAAGAGGUAUUCAAGAGAGCCUUUAUUCCAAGGACAUUAGAUGAUGUGAUCGAUUUUGAGGGAGAUAUUCACAAGGCAAAAGAAGGAGAUGUAAGCCAGAUUUUAUACCAGACAGUGACUGGACUGAAGCCAGAUUUGUCAGGUGCUCAACAGUUGCCAAUUUUGCUUGAGAAGUCUCAGCAAAGAAGAACCACAGAGUCCUUAAAUUCUGCAGGAGAGGAAAGCUCUGAUGAAAAAGCAGAUGAUGAAGAAGAGGAAGAGGAAGAUAGUGAUGAUGAAAGUCGGCCACAAAAGCUCAAUACCUUUAGGCCUCGGGAUGAGUCACCCUCCAGUCGUAAGGCUAGAAAGCAAGCAGUAAAAGAAGAAAAGAGAGAAAAACGUCAAAACAAAAUUCCAAAGCAUGUGAAGAAAAGGAAAGAGAAACUUGCCCAAGCCAGGCAUGGGAAGAAAUGAAAUGGCUUCAUGCAUUUCAUUUCAGAUUAAUUUAAUGCGAAUUGGAUAAUCCGCUGAUGUUUCCACACCAUAUAUUAAAAUGGAAGACAAUUGAUUGAAAAUGUCAUUAUAUGGAAGACUUUUGAAAACCUGUUAUUCCUAUUGUUCUUCUUGGCCUUUGAACUGUUUUCAGCAAUUAAUUAUUAUUAGUAAUGGCUUAUAAUGGCUUAUCUUGCCCCACCUUCAAUAUUGAUAUAGCUAAGUGGGUGCAUGUGGUGCUCAUAGAUAUCCAAACUCCCUCACACAUACAGUAAUACCAUUCUGAUGACAUUCCAGUGGACUCCCUCUGGACGCAUUAUUUCAAUUAAAGCAAAAAUGUGUAUCUCCUUUGGAUUAUGAUUUUGAAUAACACAGGCCUUUUGCAGUUGACAAUACAUGGCCACCAGGGGGCUACACUGGUUGGCAGUACUACUAGUAUGUUCACAGACUUCUGUAACGAUGAAUACUGGGAUAAUCAUUAAUUGCGACUCCACCCAAGUAUCACAGUCUACUAGAACAAUCGCUAUUAUCAAUGCACAUAACCAGUUUGAAGGCAGAACAACAAUGGAUGCCGUAUGAAUCAGUUCCCUUAUAGCCAGGAUGUGAUGGGUCAAUAAACAGAAUAUUGAAUUACAAGGAGGGGGUGGAGUUGGCAUACUUACAGUCCUUUAUUACAAUAAAGUUUGCCAAAUAUUAUGAUCAGUUUUGUUAACAGUCCAAAAUAUAAUAAUAAUAAAACAUUGGAAAGCUGA